CUUGUUGAUACUUCUUGGAGCUUGACGGCCCAUACUUUAAUAUCGGCUCAUUAACCACCACCGGCUUGCCCGUCUCUCCACUUUCUGAUUAAUUUGGUCAUUUUCUUUUUUUUCUCUUCUUUUCUUCUUCAUUAUUAUUAAAAAAAGUUUCUUUAUGGUCUUUAUUUGCCUAAUAUUUUUUUUCCCUUACAAACCCUCCGAUGAUCGACUUAAUAGUGUGAAUUUCCCGUUCAACUAUUUUUCUUCAGGUUUACCUUAAUCUCCACUCAUUUUCGGAAUCGAUCGCCCUACAUCUGGUAUUUCUCUUCUAUCUCCCUUUUAAGGUCCUCCAUCAAUGGCUGUGACGUGGGUGUAACGGUUCGGUAUACUUUACAUUCCUUACCUGCCUUACUAAGACCUCCCUCAUACUUGGAAGGUACAGUACUAUACUGUACCUCAUAAUAUCUGAGGCGUCAAUUGAACUCUUUGGGCUUGGCAUUUCUUCAAUUCACUCACGAUUCACCUGUUAUUUAAUACGCCUCAAUCUCAUUUUAAUCAUCCGACCAUUUACCCCCUCUGAAGAGGAGACUACCCGCCAUGACUUCUAGGCUUGAUCGCUUGGUCACGUUGCUUGAGACGGGCAGUACGCCUCUCAUCCGGAACACAGCCGCUCAGCAGCUAGCAGAUGUUCAGAAACAACACCCAGACGAGUUAUUCAACUUGCUGGGGCGUAUCCUGCCGUAUCUCAAGUCGAAAUCAUGGGAUACCAGAACAGCUGCGGCCAAGGCUAUCGGGCUCAUUGUCACCAAUGCAGAAAUCUUUGACCCAAACGAAGAGGACGGCCAAGGGAUCAAAAAGGCUGAAGAUGACGAUCUCGCGGUUGAGAUAAAAUCUGAAGAGGUGCAAUUAUCCCCUUCUGAUGGACUUCUUCAGUUGGAUCGCCUGGAUCUAACCUCGAUCCUCAAGUAUGGAAAGAGGCUAUUAGGUAGUGCUGGCAAAGAUUACGAAUACUCACUGGCGGCAAUGGAUCCAGUAACCAGAUUGCAGCAUCAGAAGAGAACAUUGACCGGCCGAUUGGGUCUCGCGGGAGAGUACAUCGAGGAAGAUGUAAUCGAAGAUGCUGAUCUAGCUCUGAAGACACAAGCUAUUAAGGAGGAUCCAUCUAACACCGCUGUCCCUAGGGAGAAUAAUCACCAACAUUCUGCUCCUGUGACAACGCCAUGCGACCCUGCUAACGGGGAGGAAUCUGGCCUGAGCAAACGGCAACUGAACCAGCUGAAGCGAAAGAACAAACAGAGUGCAAAAAUGGGCGCGAAUAAAGUCCGCGUCGUCGACCUCUCCGUACGGAAGACGUCGGACGUGACGACCCCAUCAGUGACGACACCGCAUCCCAUCAAGUCUGAGAAUGGAGAAGAACGAAAUGGUGAUUCGAAGUCGGACUACUUCUCCCUUGAACGGUUAGCUGGCGAUGAUGAUUCGAAAAUUGUCUCUGAAUUCAAAGGAGAGGCCGCUCCAGAAAAGCCUCUAAUUCAGCCUGAGAUUCCGGACGAUGGCCCCAGCACAGCAUGGCCCUAUGACCCAAUGUGUGAUUUUCUAAUGGUAGAUCUGUUUGAUCAGAAUUGGGAAGUUCGACAUGGGGCUGCGAUGGCCCUCCGAGAGGUCAUCCGUGUUCAAGGUGCCGGUGCUGGGCGCUUGCGAGGAAAGAGUAGGUCUGAAAAUGAUGUCCUGAACUGUAAAUGGUUGGAUGAUCUUGGAUGUCGCCUUCUUUGUGUCCUCAUGCUCGACCGCUUCGGCGACUACAUCUCUGACAACGUCGUCGCUCCAAUCCGAGAGACAGUAGGCCAAACAUUAGGUGCUCUUUUAUCUCAGCUCCCGUCCCGUUCCGUCAUUGCCAUCUAUAGAUGUUUGUACCGGAUCAUCAUGCAAAAUGAUCUAGGACUGGAACGUCCCAUUUGGGAAGUUUGCCAUGGCGGUAUGAUCGGUCUCAGGUACCUGGUGGCUGUGCGAAAAGAUCUCCUCGUGAAGGAUGAUAAACUCAUGGACGGUGUCCUGGAGGCAGUCAUGAAGGGCCUGGGUGAUUAUGACGAUGAUGUGCGUGCAGUGAGCGCAGCAACUUUAGUUCCUAUCGCAGAGGAAUUUGUCACUUCUCGGCAGAACACACUCGGCACCCUGAUGAACAUCGUCUGGGAAUGCCUUUCAAAUUUGCAAGAUGACCUCAGCGCCAGCACUGGAUCGGUGAUGGACCUUCUAGCGAAGCUCUGCACAUUCCGAGAAGUUCUCGAUGCUAUGAAAGCGAACGCGGCUGUGGACCCAGAGUCGUCAUUUGGCAACCUCGUUCCUCGCCUCUACCCAUUUCUGCGCCACACGAUCACCUCCGUGCGCUCCGCUGUCCUUCGGGCUCUUAUGACAUUCUUGCAGCUAGAAGGCGAGGGUACCAACGAAUGGGUCAAUGGCAAGGCGCUCCGACUGAUUUUCCAGAAUUUGCUGGUGGAGCGGAACGAGAAUGUCCUGAAACUGUCUCUCCAAGUCUGGUCAGAACUACUUAAGGCGCUCGAUAAACACGGGUUGUUCAACUCAGAAACCGAGCUGUUAUCUCAUAUACAACCCCUCAUUACUUUAUGCAUGGCACCUUUCGGUGUUCCCCGCUAUCCCAUCCCCAUGAAUGCCUCGCUUUUCAUUAAGCCAUCCGGUGUGCCCUUCCCAAUGAGUGCUGCCGCGCCCGCAAAGUCCUCCCCGAGUGCCUUCAACUCAACAUCUGAUGCAGCCAAGAAGAGGGGCCGCAAAGCAGACAAGAAAGAAGUACCUCCCCCCUCAGCUCACAAUGUCGACGGCCAUAUGCUGCAAGGCGACAUUGACUUGGUAGGAGUAGACACCAUGCUGCGGUCUAAGAUUCAUGCGGCAAAGGCUCUUGGCCAACUGCUCUCUUUCUGGGAUAAGAACGGACUUCCGAGCCUCUGGCAGCCUAUCAUGGACGGCCUCAACCAUUCAGCAUCCACAUCUCAACUUGCAACUGCCAUGAUUGUAGAGGAAUAUGCCAGGCUCGCAGGUCCUAACAGCCAGUAUGCCUCUUCCCUGUGUGAGCAGUUGCGCCCAAUCAUUGAAGGGGACCGUCCAUCAUGGUACAGUGACAUAGCAUGCUAUCUCCAUGUUGCUCGUGCGCAAUGCCACUCGUUACUUAAUGCGUUCCGGGACCAUGCUCAUGUUCCCGGCUCGAGGUUGCCUGUUCUGGCUGUUGUUGUCCAAGGUGACUCUGAGGCUGGCCCGAGUGCAUUUUCUUUGUCGGAUGCUGAAAGAGUAGUUGGUCCUGAUUUCGAGCGGUUGAAGAAGGGCCUGGCACCAGCCCAGCGCAUCACAGCUCUUCAGGUUCUAAACGAUACAAGGACAACUGCAGAGAAUGCAAUCAAUGAAGCAAGAAGCGUUCGUGAAGUAAGGGACAUGCGUGUCCUUGCUGCUGCGGCGGGCGCUCUAGUUGCCAUGCAUGCCAUUCCAAAGAAGCCAAGCCAUAUCAUUAAGGGAAUGAUGGACAGCAUCAAGAAAGAGGAGAAUGCCGAACUCCAACAACGUUCUGCUACUGCGGUUGCCACCCUAGUCGAGUUUUAUACCACAGCUACCAAGCGCGGUCCCGUCGAUAAGGUCAUCGGUAACUUGGUCAAGUACUGCUGUGUAGAUACCUCUGAGACUCCUGAAUUUCACCACAAUGCCAGCCUGGAGAAGUCGAUUUUAUCUCUUCGCAAAGAAGAAGACCGCCGUGACCACCCUGACGCAGCGAAGUUCGAAAGGGAAACAAAGGAAGCUAAAAUUAUGCGCCGUGGUGCUAAAGAAGCCUUGGAACAAUUGGCCGUGAAGUUCGGUUCAGCACUUUUGGAGAAAGUUCCUAACCUUCCAUCAUUGGUUGAAAACCCCCUAAGAGAUGCUCUCACCAAUGACCUUCCCGCAAACAUCCACGAUCCUGAUAAUGAGCUCGGCCAAGAAGUCGUGGAUGGUUUGUCCACUCUCCGCGCCCUAUUACCCAAGUUCGAUCCUGGUCUCCACUCUUGGGUUGUUAGUCUCAUGCCUCUCAUUGCCAAAGCACUGCAAUGUAGACUAUCUGUUAUUCGGUAUGCGGCUGCCAAGUGCUUCGCAACUGUUUGCAGCGUCAUUACGGUGGAGGGCAUGACCAUGUUAGUCGAGAAAGUGUUGCCGACUAUCAACAAUGGUCUGGAUGUGCAUCACCGUCAAGGAGCCAUAGAGUGUAUUUAUCACCUUAUCCAUGUGAUGGAAGAUGGAAUUUUGCCCUAUGUUAUCUUCCUCGUUGUCCCCGUCUUGGGUCGCAUGAGUGAUUCAGAUAAUGAUGUUAGAUUGUUGGCCACAACGUCAUUUGCAACAUUAGUCAAACUUGUUCCCUUAGAAGCCGGUAUUCCAGACCCUCCCGGCCUAUCUGAGGAACUGCUCAAAGGACGUGAGAGGGAAAGGAAGUUCAUGUCUCAAAUGUUGGAUGUGCGGAAGGUGGAGGAGUUCAAGUUGCCUGUCUCGAUCAAAGCGGAGCUUAGACCCUAUCAACAGGAAGGUGUCAAUUGGCUUGCGUUCCUCAACCGCUACAACCUGCACGGCAUUCUUUGUGACGACAUGGGUCUUGGUAAAACCCUUCAGACGAUUUGCAUCGUUGCUAGUGAUCAUCAUCUACGAGCUGAAGAGUUUGAGCGUACGCAAGCGCUUGAGGUUAGGAAGCUUCCAUCUCUGAUUGUCUGCCCCCCGUCGCUUUCAGGGCACUGGCAACAGGAAAUCAAGCAAUAUGCCCCGUUCCUCAACUGUGUCGCUUACGUUGGACCUCCGGUGGAGCGUGCGCGGUUGAAGGGUUCUCUCGCGGAUGCUGAUAUUGUUAUCACCUCCUACGAUAUUUGCCGAAAUGACAGUGACGUUAUUACCCCUCUUAGCUGGAACUACUGCGUCCUUGACGAGGGACAUCUUAUCAAGAACCCAAAGGCAAAAGUCACACUGGCAGUUAAGCGUGUUGCAAGCAAUCACCGCUUGAUCCUCUCUGGUACCCCUAUCCAAAACAAUGUGUUGGAGCUUUGGUCUCUUUUUGACUUCUUGAUGCCUGGUUUCCUUGGUACAGAGAAGGUCUUUUUGGACCGGUUUGCGAAACCAAUUGCGGCAAGUCGCUUCAGCAAAUCAUCUUCGAAGGAACAAGAAGCUGGGGCGCUAGCGAUUGAGGCCUUGCACAAACAAGUGCUUCCUUUCUUGCUCCGUCGCUUGAAGGAAGAGGUUCUUAAUGAUUUACCACCCAAGAUUAUCCAGAACUACUAUUGCGACCCUAGUGAGCUUCAGAAGAAACUCUUCGAAGACUUCACGAAAAAGGAGCAAAAACAGCUGGCGACCAAGAUGGGCAGUUCAGAAAAGAAUGACAAAGAGCACAUCUUCCAAGCACUUCAAUACAUGCGCCGUCUCUGCAACUCUCCCGCACUUGUCGUUAAAGACGGGCAUAAGCAGUACGAUGAAGUCCAGCAGUACCUUCACGCGAAGAAUUCUUACAUCCGGGAUGUUGCACACGCGCCUAAGCUUGGCGCUCUGCGUGAUCUCCUGCUCGACUGUGGUAUCGGUGUUGAUCCCCCAAGCGAAGGAGACUUGGGCACUGGUGCAAGCUACGUGAGCCCCCACCGAGCCCUGAUCUUCUGCCAGAUGAAGGAAAUGCUCGACAUUGUCCAAAGUGAAGUCUUCAAGAAGCUCCUUCCCUCAGUACAGUACCUUCGUCUAGACGGUAGUGUGGAAGCCACCAAACGUCAGGACAUUGUCAACCGGUUCAAUACAGACCCCAGUUACGAUGCCUUGCUUCUGACAACUAGUGUUGGUGGACUCGGCCUGAAUCUCACAGGUGCUGACACGGUCAUCUUCGUGGAGCAUGACUGGAACCCGCAGAAGGAUAUUCAGGCCAUGGACCGUGCACAUCGUAUUGGUCAAAAGAAGGUCGUCAAUGUCUACCGACUGAUCACUAGGGGAACUUUGGAGGAGAAGAUUUUGAACCUCCAACGCUUCAAGAUCGACGUAGCAUCGACAGUGGUCAACCAGCAAAAUGCGGGUCUCAAUACAAUGGACACAGAUCAGCUCCUGGAUCUAUUCAAUCUCGGAGAAACAGCCGAGAAUGCCGAGAAGCCAAGCGACAAUGCCACCGGCAAUGAAGUCGACAUGGUCGACAUCGAUGGCGAGGUCAAAGAAAAGGGAAAGAAGGGCUGGCUCGACGACCUAGGCGAGCUCUGGGAUGACCGUCAAUACCAGGAAGAAUAUAACCUGGACUCUUUCCUGCAGACGAUGAAAGGAUGAUAUACUUUUACACUCAACCCACGUCUGCUUUCUCUGUUCUAAUAAAUUUUUAUUACGGUAAACUGGAGUCCAGGUCCAUUCUUACCAACAUACAGGCAAGAUACCUCAACUGCAAAGGACAUCCGUCAGGCAGGAAUUGUUCCUUUUCCCUCUAAUUUCCUUCCCCUUACCUCUCUUUGCUUCUGAUCUUCUUACUAGACGACUGAUUGAACUGGGGGCGUUAGUGUUGUACAUCGCUCAGAUUCUCUCCUCUUUUCCUUUCCAAUGUCCUGUUUUCAUACAACUGUAUUUGGGAGUCGGGCGGCGACCUGCGAAUCUGUUACUUAUCUCUAAUGAUUCAUUGAAAUCAUUGAUUGAACGAAUGACUCGGUGCUAUGAAGACGAAUCAAGGAUAGACAUGGAUGGUUUAUUCUUUCUUAUUUCUUCCAUGGUGUUUUAUUUGCUUCAUUGUCCUCCCUUUUAACUCAUGUUCUUUUUUUUUUCCCUGCUGUACUUUUACUGCUCUUUUGUAUAUAUUAACAAUCGUUUGUUCAUAUGAUUCGAUCUUAUGGCAUUAUAGGUCUUGAAAACAAAAUCUAGACAUAC